CCAAAAUAUGUUUGGACCUACCGGUAGUACAAUGCUAGAUCUUGGUACAUCCCUUAGUGAGGUUAUAAGGACUAUAAGCAUCUUAAAGACAGGUGUUUUCAGGAAUUGCAGAUUUUAGAAGAGUAAUCUUGCUGUAGCUGUAUACACAUUCUUGUCACUCAUACAAAAAGUAAACAGGCUACUAAUUUUGAGAACAACAUUUAUUCCAUUUAUUGAAUUCUAAAUAACUUAAUCAAAAUGGUACUAACAUAUGGUAAGUAAUAUGUGAUAUAUGCACUGCUUGAAUGUUUAAACACACAAUCAAUAUCUUCUCAAUAUGAAUUAUUGAAUAUACAACCAGCAUACGGAUGUACAAAAAAUAAACCUAUGUCGAUAAAAAAGCAUAUUCUAAGUUCAUUUGAAGUUAUUUGUUUGAAAAAUAACACUGCUGGGAAAGAAAAAAAAUCAAACUUUGCUUUCUAAUAUGUAUACGUUUUAGAAGUGUAAAAGAAACUGGUAUUAUACAAGGACAUGUAUUUAUAAAGUUCAUAAUUCUUAAUUGUUAUAUUAAUAAUGAAGAAAAUUAUUACACAGUACUUGAACAUGAAAUCACACAAGAACGACUAUGCUUUUUCCAGAGAACACAGUAUUAAAUGACAUUCCUGAAAUGUUAUUAAGAAAUAUCACUUUUCACAGUUAAGCUUCGUCAAUGUAUAGAUGAACAAACAUUUGUUUUCUACAGUCCACAGUUCAAUAGGACACCAGUGGGGGAUCCAGAGACCUAUCAGGGGGUGGGGGGUUCCAUGUGGGGAAAAAUUGAGGAAAAUGGUGAAAAUACAUGAUUUAAAAGAAAGUUCUCAGGCUGGGGGGUUCCUGAGGCCCCCCAAAAAACUCUGGUUCCGCCACUGGACACACAUGAAUGUUAAAUGUUCUUGAAUUCUUCUUGAAGUUCUUCUGGACAACCGAUGCUAAAUAAGUCAUAUGGCGUCAUCAGGGACGUGAUAUAUAUGUAUAAUAUCCAUUGGAAUUAAAGUAAACUGUUUUCUUUCAUAAACAAAAAUCUGUCAUUUUACUGAAACAAUCUCAUCAACAUUUGUCAGUCUGUACAGGAAAAGUCCUAUUUUGUUCCUUUUUCCUGUCGUAUUUGUUAAUUUCCUUGCAUUUGGUUAAGGUCUGUUUUCUUUUUACUUCUAUUUAGAACUGGAUUAAAUUAGUCUGUAUAUAUAUGUAUGUCUUCAAGACAAUAAGAUGUUGCUUCACCGUAUCCGGGUUGAUCAGGAUGUAAUAAUUGUAACUCUCAAGUCUGUGGAUUGUCUACAUUUCACAUCAAAAUACUUCUGACAAGUGCAUUGCCAUUGGACAUGCCAACAUUUUCUCAAUUACAUUUUUUCCACCUUCUGUGAAAAUAACCAGAUCUGUUUCGCAACUUCCUUCUGAAGUUCCUGCUUUGUAGCUUUUGGGUUUCCUUUAACGAAUUUUGCGAUGUUCGCAAUGGUUUCAGCACGCAUUGCUGCCAAUUCCCUCUCACCGCUCAAUCUUUGGUAAAGCUCAUAUCCAACCCGAAGAGUGGUCACUUCUUUCAGGAAAUCAGUUUUGUCAUUAUGAAGCCAAUCUAGGUCAGCUAUUUGCUGAAUCAGGUCAGCGUUUCCAAGGUCCCAACUAGAAUCUAACUGAUCCAUGAUAUACGAAUGCGGUUUUCCUACACCAAAGCAAGCGUAGAAUUAUGAAAUAUAAUGAACAACACCCAGAAAUAAAUGUAAAUAAUGUCAACCGGAAGUUAUCGUUGACAGCGCCACCUAUGUGAGAAUUUCAUUUCCGGGGAGAAUCAUGAAAAUAAUACAAACACGAACAGAAAAGAAAAUUAACGCAAAAAUCAACCAGAAUGGAUAAUGGAUUUCGAACGUAGAUUUUGUAUAACCACAUCACGUACGUUUAUAAAGUAGUACAUGUGUGAUCAGGUUUAUCUUUUAAAAGAGGAAGAAAAACCGAGAAAAACAGGACCAUUUUGGUAAAGAUAACGUGAGAUUUGUAUCGGUUCAUUGUUAUCGUGGUAUUUAAACACAUGGUCAAACCCAAACGUUCAAUGAGGGGGAUAGGAGCAUGUCCAAGUACUUUGUGGUGUAAGCAGGAUACUCAUGGGCAAUGCUGAUUCACUAGAAUGGAAAUGGCGUUACACAGCAGCAGUCAACAGUCUACUGCAGGGGAGUAUUCCCAGGGGAGUCCAAGUCACAAACCACCCCGGGGCCAGUCCAUUAAAUUUGGGGAGCUAGUCAUCUUAGGGUACAAUGGGCACUUGCCUAAUGGUGACAAAGGAAGAAGAAAAAGUAAAUUUAUUUUAGCCAAGAAAAUAGCUGGAAAUGGUGUCAAACCUUACAGAAAACACAUUGUCAAAAAUCCCCAAUCUUCCAAGGCCGUCCAGGACACCCACCAGCAUUCUGUGUCCUAUACUCUGUCUCGUAACCAGGCUGUCAUUGUAGAAUACAAACAGGACCCCAACACAGACAUGUAUCAGAUUGGCCGUUCUUCAGAGGUACCUAUAGACUAUGUUGUGAUGGACACGAUUCCAGGAAAUCAGCGGACAGCCAAUGAUAGCAUCACACAGAGUACCAUAUCCCGAUUUGCCUGCAGAAUACUGUUGGAGAGAGAUCCACCCUAUACAGCCAGAAUAUUUGCAGCUGGCUUUGACUCGGGGAGAAACAUUUUUCUGGGGGAGAAGGCAGUGAAGUGGUAUUCGGGGGAGGAAAUUGAUGGACUUACGACCAAUGGUGUGUUCAUUAUGCAACCCCAGGGUGGCUUCAACCCCACAGGCAAACCAGGAGUAUGGCGGGAGGUGUCGGUGGGUGGUGCUAUAUAUCCUCUGAGAGAGUCCAGGUCGGCACCCCUCAAAAGUAACCAGAUCCUGGAUGAGGACAAUAUUCUCCAUGAUGGAACUGUGAUAGAUCUUUGUGGUGCUACGUUACUAUGGAGAUCAGCUCUUGGCCUCAUCACCUCUCCGAGUGAACAUGAAUUUCAAACCCUGGUUGAGGAAAUAAAUGCUGGUCGUCCUCAGUGUCCAGUGGGCCUGAUGACCCUAGUGUUGCCCAGUAAAGGUACACUGGAGCUGUCAGACAAACAGCCGUACGUGUACCUCUCGUGUGGCCAUGUCCACGGCCAACACCAGUGGGGACAGAAGGAAAAUGACAGUCGCACCUGUCCUCUUUGUAUAAAGGAUGGUCCAUUUGUAAAGUUGAAGAUGGGCUGUGAGCUGAGCGUGUAUGUUGACUCCGAGCCCCCAACCCACUGUUUUAACCCAUGUGGACAUAUAGCUUCAGAAGCCACUGUGAGAUACUGGUCCCUGGUUCCUGUUCCCCAUGGUUGUCAAGGUUUCCAGGCUGUGUGUCCCUUCUGUGCAACGCCCCUUCAUGCCGACCCCGGCUAUGUGAAACUGAUAUUUCAGGACCACACAGACGACUGAUGCUGGUCUGCCUGUGAUAAUGGACCAGUCUACUUGUACAUUCUAAUGCUGUACCUUUCUUAGCUAUGGAAGUCACCAAUUUCACUGCUGGCAGUAGUUUUCUUACUAAACAUUUUAUAUAAGCUGGAACCUAGAAUGUGGCUGACCUUUUGCAUAGACUGAGGACAAUUUGGUGUGGUGGCAGUUUGCUUGAAGAAAAAAUUCCAAUGUCAACUACUUUUUGUGGUUGCUUGGUUUCUUGUGAUGCCACAAGACUUGCCUGAAAAGAGAAUCCUUUUGUCUUUGAUGCUCAAUAUAUCACUUAGAUUUUAGAGUUUGAAUUCUCUUUUGCGGUCCCUAAUCCUUCAGUAAAACUAUAUAGCUACUAGCCAUAUUCGUUUCAUCUGGGGUAAUUUACAUUAAUGGAUAAUUCACACUAAUUAUACAUCAAAGUCAUAUGUUAAUAUUUUGCACUCAUAUAACCUCCAGAAAUAAUAAAUCCUUUAAGUAUUGAAAAAUGGUAAUACAAAAAGAACACAUAUUUGAAUGUAUAUAAAUUAAUUAUGCGAGUAAAACAGAACAAAAUAGAAAAUUUCUUCCAAAAGGCACUGGAUAUUAUCAGCCUAAAAGACCUUGAUGUCAGUAUUCUGACUAUUGAUUUCAGUAUUCUGACACUUUUACUCCCUUGUAAUCCAUUGUCAUAUAAUUGGGACUUACUUCACACGUCCACAUAAAUCGGACCAAAUAGGGACAGUUUAUACGCUCUCACAUGCUGGUUAUUCCUACCAUCACAUAAACUACAGCUCAAUCCAUAGGGACAGUCCAUAUACAAUGUAUAAUUCACACGGCCAUGUUAACUACAACUGGGGCCAUCAGGACUAAUCCCUUUCUGACCCAGCUAUAUCUCUAACAGCAUUAAAACUUUAUAAAAAGUAGUAGUUUUUAGUUGAAAAAGGAAAGAUCUUCCAAAUCCUCCGUAUUUAUACAUUAAUACUGUAAUACAAAAGUAUCAUAGAUAAAGAAUUGCUAAGAUUCAAUAUCAAUUUGAUAGAGCAUUCAUAAAUUAAACUGUAAGUGUUGUAUACAAUAUGGACACCAACUUUGUCCUAUUGAUGUCGAGGUAUAGACUGAUAUUGGUGUUGGGUUCAGGGUACACGUAAGUCUAUGGUGAGCUGGUGAUUCAUUAAUACUACAUUGUCCCUGCCUCUUUAUUUAAGUACAGUGAAGAAGUAUGAACUACAUCAGAAUUGGUUUGGUGGCAUGACUAUUUCCUAAGAUAUAUUCAGAAUGGAUGCAAAUAAUAAAAAAGGGUGAAAAGGUUAUGAAUGGUGCUAUUCGGUGAUAAACGAUUAUAUUGUACAUGAAUAUCAGUUGGGAUUAAGUCAGAAGAUACUCCAAAAGAAAUGCUUACCGCGGUACCUGAUCAGUUGAGGAUAUACUCAGCUGUUGGAAAAGGAAUGUUUUCCUGAUUUUCAGGGUAAACCUCUGAGAUGUUCCAAAAGUAGCACUUACCUGAUCAGUUAGGGUAAACCUUUUCCAAAAAGAAAUAUUUGCCUGAUCAGUUAGAGUAAAAUUGAGGGAUGUUCCAAAAAGAACACCAUGUCUGAUUUGUUAGGGUAAACCUUGGAG